AUGGCUGCCUUCAAAGACAGACAAGCCUCGGCCGCUGAGAGCGCCGAGGUCGACAGGCCUGCGGUGGCCGUCGAUGCCGCUAUGAACCAGACGAGCGUUGCUGCUCUUGAAGUUAUCAAGAGGCUAGAGCCCGUACAGCCACUCAGCAAACGAAUGGUCCAAAUGUACAUCAUCUGUGGCUUCAUGUUCCUUGGUUCCACCAUCAAUGGGUUCGACGGCUCUCUCAUGGGCAACAUGCUGGCCCUACCCUCCUUCCAGAAUCAGUUUGGCGCGUCCAUUGUGGGGGUUCAAACUGCCUUCAUCUCUAGCAUGUACAACAUUGGCUCCGUCUGCGCUCUGCCCUUUAUUGGUCCCCUGACUGACACAUGGGGCCGACGCGUGGGUAAUGUCAUUGGCUGCCUCUUCAUCAUCAUGGGUACCAUAUUGCAAGGCACCUCAAAGGCCCUCCCUCAGUACCUAGCUGGGCGAUUCUUCCUUGGUUUUGGCGGCUGCGUCGUUAAUGUGGCCUGCCCCUCGUUCGUCGUCGAGUUUGCUCAUCCAGUGUAUCGUGGGGUAAUCACCGGGUUGUACAACUGCUGCUACUAUCUCGGAGCCAUCCUCGCUGCCGCAACCCUGCGUGGUUCAGUCCAUUACCAAGAUACGAGGGCAUGGCUUAUCCCAACUUGGGUUCAGUUGGCCUUCCCGGCCAUUCUUCUACUGACCUGCUGCCUGUUUCCCGAGUCUCCACGGUGGCUCUUCGUCCAUGGCAAACCCGACAAGUGUCGUGAGAUUCUGGUUAAGUACCAUGGUAAUGACGAUUCAAACUCUCUAUAUGUGCAGCUUCAGCUUCGCGAGUUCGAGGAGAAGCUGGAACUGGACGGUGCUGACAAACGGUGGUGGGAUUAUCGAGUCCUCUUCAACUCACGGGCUGCCAUCUACCGUGCCAUUCUCUGUGCUGUUGCCGUGUCCACGUUCAGUCAGUGGACCGGCCAGAGCGGCGUGUCGUACUUUCUACCUGCCAUGCUGUCGACAACUGGAAUCACCGACUCGACGACCGUUCUCAACAUCAACCUUGGGAUCACACUCGCUAGCGGUGCUGCGGCCUGCUUUGGUGCCAGUCUGAUGGAUCGCUUCGGCCGCCGCAAAAUCCUCAUCUCCUGCUGCAUUGCCAUGGCCCUGCUCUGGGCUGGCAUGCUUGGCGGGACCGGCGCCUAUUACGAAAAUGACAACAAGGCAGCAGCCAAAGCCGCUAUUGUCUUCGUAUUUCUCAUCGCUAUCGUCUUCUCGGCCGCCUAUACUCCCCUACAGGCGCUGUAUCCUGUUGAGUGUCUUUCGUAUGAGCAGCGUGCCAAGGGAAUGGCUCUCCAGAACAUGGCAGGCAAUGCCGCUGGCUUGGUCAACCAGUUUGCCUUUCCCAUUGCUUUGGGCAAUAUUACUUGGAAGACCUACUUCAUCUAUCUGGGCACCUGCACGGCCGAAGCUGUAUACUACUACUUCCUUAUGGUGGAGACAAAGGGCCACACGCUCGAAGAACUUACCGAGAUUUUCAAAGCACCUAAUCCACGCCAAGCAUCGUUGAUGAAGAAGGAGGAAGUAGAAAGGGCUGUGGCGCAAGUCCAGGAGGCUAAGGCUAUCUAA